UCUCUCUCUCUCUCUCUCUAACAUUGGGUUUUGGGGGUGGAGCCCAAGUUGGUCCUCUCUGCUUUGCUGGCUUCAAGUUUUCCAUUGUUGGUUUUUAAUGGCGCUUGUCUGCUGCUGAGAGAGACCAGAGUUUCAGUUGCCCCAAUCAAAACCAUUUUUCUACUUUUGGGAUUGCUAAUAGACCACUAUUAGUACUUCUUUAGUGGCUGGCUGGCUUCUCUCUUUCCCUUUAUUCAUAAGUAGUUGUGUAUCAAUAUCUUCCUUUUUUAAGUCCCUUCCCCUCAUAGCACUUUGUCGUCGUCGUCGUCGUCGUCAUCAUCAAUCUUUCUCAUGCCCAAGAAAAAAACAAAAGACCCAUCAGAACCCACUUGAUAUUUGAUUGGAUUUUGAUGGAUCAUUAGAUCUAACCUCCUUCACUUUCAGAUCUUCCCCUUUCAGCUCUAAAGAGUACAUAACGUAUUGCUAAAUUGGAGGAAGUGGUAAAGAAUUGAGGUCUACUCGGAUCAAAAGUGUUGCCUCUAGUCCUCAUUAGAUGUGGAUAAUUGAGAGGGUGCUUUGGAUGAGAUGAGGUAUGUUAUCUGGGUUAAUGAACUUUUUGAGGGCCUGCUUUCGGCCAAGAACAGAUCGAUAUGUUCAUUCAGGUUCAGAUACCAUUGGUCGUCAAGACGGGCUUUUGUGGUAUAAGGAUACAGGGCAACAUGUUAAUGGAGAGUUCUCCAUGGCUGUAGUUCAGGCUAAUAAUUUACUUGAGGAUCAGAGCCAACUUGAAUCAGGCUGCUUGAGCUUGCUUGAUUCAGGACCUCAUGGUACCUUCGUGGGGAUUUAUGACGGGCAUGGUGGCCCUGAGACGUCCCGGUUCAUCAAUGAACACCUUUUUCAGCAUCUCAAGAGGUUUACUUCUGAGCAACAGUCUAUAUCUGUGGAGGUAAUACGGAAGGCUUUCCAAGCUACUGAAGAGGGUUUUAUCUCUGUUGUCACAAGGAAUUGGCCAAUGAAGCCACAGAUUGCAGCUGUUGGAUCCUGCUGUCUGGUUGGAAUAAUCUGCAGUGGGACCCUUUAUAUUGCCAACCUUGGUGACUCCCGAGCUGUUUUGGGGAGAUUAGUCAAGGCCACAGGGGAAGUGCUGCCUAUUCAGCUGUCUUCUGAGCAUAAUGCUAGUAUUGAGUCUGUGAGGCAGGAGCUGCAUUCUUUGCACCCAGAUGACUCACACAUAGUUGUUCUAAAGCAUAACGUCUGGCGAGUAAAGGGCCUCAUCCAGGUUUCGAGAUCUAUUGGCGAUGUUUAUCUAAAAAAGGCUGAAUUCAACAGGGAGCCAUUAUAUGCAAAGUUCCGACUUCGUGAACCAUUUAGAAGACCAAUACUGAGCUCAGAACCAUCAAUCUCAGUGCAACAAUUGCAAUCACAUGACCAAUUCAUCAUAUUUGCAUCUGAUGGUCUCUGGGAACACCUCAGUAACCAGGAGGCUGUUGAUAUAGUUCAAAAUCAUCCACGAAAUGGGAGUGCUCGGAGGUUAGUGAAGGCUGCAUUACAAGAAGCAGCAAAAAAGAGGGAAAUGAGGUACUCAGACCUGAAGAAAAUUGACCGCGGAGUCCGUCGGCAUUUCCACGAUGACAUCACGGUGGUGGUUGUGUUUCUUGACUCGCAUCUUGUGAGCAGAGCCAGCUCCGUCAAGAUUCCUAAUCUAUCGGUGAAGGGGGGUGGCGUCAAUCUCCCACUAAACACUCUGGCUCCUUGUGCCAUGCCAACCGAAGUUGGCUCAGCUUGAUGAAGUUUUGCCUGCUGUCCAUUGUACGUUGCAACAUUCUCUUGUGAAUACGUGGUAGUCCCCAAGGAGGACAGGAGCAUGGGGUCGAUUCUUUUAAUGUAGCAACACUUUUUUAACUGUAAACUUGCAACUGGUUUCCUAUAUGCCCAAGAAAAGAGUCUUGCAAAGAGAAGUUCACUGUUAAAACCAGUAUAGUGACGACUUCCAUUGGGAUGUUGCUUCAGCCUUCUUUGUUUUCACGUACUUACUUUUGUAUUUAUUGUAUUUCUGGCUUUUGUAAAAUCUCAGCCGCAGAGGUGAAAAUAUCUGAAGUGCUUUUUUAAUUUAUCA